AUGAGGUUGAUUACCAAUAUCGAUGCAUCUACUACUACAAGCCAAUGCCUAAGUCAUCAACAAUUCAUGUUGCUAAACAUGAAGCACAACCUCAUAUACAACCCUUCCAAAUCAACAAAACUUGUUCAUUGGAAUCAAAGUGGUGUUGUUGAUUGCUGUCAAUGGAAUGGAGUAUCAUGCAACAAUGGUCAUGUCAUUGGCCUUGACUUGAGUCAAGAAUCUAUUUCUGGAGGUCUACACAAUUCUUCAAGUCUGUUCAACUUUGAACAUCUGCAUAGCUUGAAUUUGGCUUUCAACAACUUUGGCUCUUUCAUACCAUCAGAUAUUGUAAAGCUGAAGAAUUUGAGGCAUUUGAACUUAUCUAAUGCUGGAUUUUGCGGCCAAAUUCCAAAGGGUAUCUUCCAAAUUCAAACUCUGAAGACGCUUGAUGUAUCAAACAAUGAAGAACUUGAGGGAUCCUUACCAGAAUUCUCACAACAUGGACAACUUGACACGUUGAUUCUCAGCAACACAAAUUUUUUUGGACAGUUAGUAAGUUCUAUUUCCAAUUUGAAGCAGUUGUCAACUUUAGAUCUUUCUAACUGUCAAUUCAAUGGGACACUUCCUGAUUCUUUAUCUGAACUCACCAAUUUGGUGUAUCUAGACUUGUCAUACAAUAGAUUCAGUGGUCCUCUUCCAUCUUUCAAUAAGUCCAAGAAUCUCCAAUAUUUGUCUCUUCUUCAAAAUGAACUGACUGGAACAAUUCUUUCUACUCAAUGGGAAGAACUUUUGAACCUCUGCAUAAUCAAUUUAGGAGAUAACUUCUUCAGUGGUAAGAUUCCCAAAAGUCUCUUUACAAUUCCAUCACUACAAGAAGUUACUCUAUCUGAUAAUGGUUUUGAGGGUCUCUUGGAUGAAUUCCAAAAUGCAACAGCUUCCACAUUAGAGUUGGUUGAUUUGAGUAUCAACAAAUUAGAAGGGCCUAUUCCUUUGUCUUUAUUUGGUCUUAAAAGACUUAGCCUCCUCAAUCUUUCAUCCAAUAAAUUCAAUGGAACUAUACAUCUAGAUACAAUUCACAAAAAAUUGCCAUAUCUACGUGUAUUAGGCCUUUCAAAUAAUAAAUUGUCAGUUGAAAUAGCUGAUGAGGAUCCUAGUCUUUCAUUCUUCCCUAACCUGACAAAUGUAUUGUUGGCUUCUUGCAAUUUAAAGAAAUUCCCAAGUUUCUUGAAGAAUCAACCCAAGUUAUUUGAUUUAGACCUAUCCAACAACUUGAUUCAAGGACCAAUACCUAAUUGGAUUUGGAAAUUUGAUUCCAUGGUUUCCCUAAAUCUUUCCAACAAUCUUCUCACAGAUUUGGAAGGUCCUUUGGAAAAUCCCAAUUCAAGUCUUUUGAUGAUUGAUCUUCACUCCAACCAAAUUCGCGGGUCAAUUCCAUAUUUCACAAAAUACGUUGUACAUUUGGACUUCUCAAACAAUGAAUUCAGCUUUAUCCCACCUAACAUUGAAAAGUACCUUCCCUUCUUGUUUUACCUCUCCUUAACAAACAACAGCUUUCAUGGAAAAAUCCCUGAAUCCUUUUGUAACUGUUCUUCUAUUAGAAUGCUUGAUCUUUCACAUAAUAACUUUGAUGGUCCCAUUCCCAAGUGUUUGAUAGCAAGAAAUAAUACUCUUAGAUUACUGAAUCUUGCUGGAAACAAACUCACAGGUCAUAUAUAUGACACAAUAUUCUCAAGUACAUGUAAUUUAAGGUAUCUUGAUCUUAAUGCAAAUCUACUUAGAGGUACCGUACCGAAUUCACUAGCCAAUUGCCAAAAGCUAGAGGUACUAAACUUGGGAAACAAUAGUUUGAGUGAUGAAUUUCCUUGCUUCUUGGGCAACAUUACCACCCUGCAAGUACUAGUUUUGAGGUCGAACAAACUGCAUGGACCUAUUGAUUGCAGCCAUAACACAAGUCAUUGGAAGAUGCUUCGUGUUGUUGAUCUAGCCUCGAAUAAAUUCGUCGGCACACUACCUGGAAAACUCUUGCAAAGUUGGACAGCUAUGAUGGAUGAUGGAAAUUACACAAAGGAGAAUGGAAUCUACUUGUAUUUUAACAUGUAUGAUUUUGGUCAUUAUAUUCGUUACAAGGAUAUGUUAGCACUCAUCAACAUUGCUAUUGUCAAAAGAUUGGCCAAGAUAUUUGCAAAUGACCCUCCUUAUAUAUUUGAUGACAUGUUGAAUUAUGCUAUCAAAGGCAAUCAAUUGCCGUAUGGUGGAACCUACUUGGAUUCAGUUACAGUUGUCAACAAAGGGAUGCAAAUGAAGUUGGUCAAAAUUUUCUCAAUCUUCACUUCCUUGGAUUUCUCAUCCAACCAAUUUGAAGGUCCAAUACCAGAAGAGCUUAUGAGUUUGAAAGCUCUGAAUGUACUUAACAUGUCACACAAUGCUUUCUCUGGCCACAUUCCAUCAUCCUUAGGAGAUUUAACUGCGCUCGAGUCUUUAGACCUAUCAAAUAACACUUUGUUUGGAGAGAUUCCAACAGAGAUUUCAAGUUUAACUUUCCUUGCAGUGUUGAAUCUCUCCUUCAAUCAUUUGGAGGGAAAAAUUCCAACAGGAACACAAAUUCAAUCUUUUGAUAUCUAUUCCUUUGAAGGCAAUGAAGGUUUAUGUGGACCUCCUCUAACUAAUAAUUGUGGUGAUGAUGGAGUUCAAGGGUUGCCACAAACACCAUCAGCAUCUUCUGAAACACAUAACUCAAUUGAUUGGAAUUUCUUAAGUGCUGAAUUGGGAUUCACUUUUGGGAUUGGUGUUAUCAUUCUUCCCCUUAUCUUCUGGAAGAAAUGGAGAUUGUGGUAUUGGAAGCAUUUGGAUGAUUUGCUUUGGAGGAUCAUUCCUCAGCUUGAUUUUGUAUAUGAACAACAUGGGCAACACAAGUACAAAACUCUAAGGUGGAUAUCUGCAUGAUUUCAUGAAUGGGAUCGUUUUGAGUUGUUUGGGUUCCGCUAGAUGAAGGUUGAAAGAUGAAGAGAAAAAGCUAAGAAUCAGAGUAGAAUAACAGGAGAAUUUAGAAUAAUAUACCACUCU